AAUCUCUUCUCUUUUUUUUCUAUCAUUAAUCAAUUGAAAUAACAAUGUCUCCAACUAUCCAAAAACCAGCUCCAGCUUUCAAGAAAACCGCCGUCGUUGAUGGUGUCUUUGAAGAAAUCUCCUUGGAACAAUACAAGGGUAAAUGGGUUUUAUUAGCUUUCAUUCCAUUGGCCUUCACUUUUGUUUGUCCAACUGAAAUCAUUGCUUACUCUGAAGCUGUUAAGAAGUUCCAAGAAAAGGACUGUGAAGUUUUAUUCGCUUCUACUGAUUCCGAAUACUCCUUGUUGGCUUGGACCAAUGUUGCCAGAAAAGAUGGUGGUUUAGGUCCAGUUAACAUUCCAUUACUUGCUGAUACCAACCACUCUUUAUCCAAGGACUACGGUGUUUUAAUUGAAGAAGAAGGUGUUGCUUUAAGAGGUAUCUUCUUAAUUGAUCCAAAGGGUACUUUGAGACAAAUUACCAUCAAUGAUUUACCAGUUGGUAGAUCUGUGGAUGAAUCCUUGAGAUUAUUGGAAGCUUUCCAAUUCACUGAAAAGUAUGGUGAAGUUUGUCCAGCUAACUGGCAACCAGGUGCUGAAACAAUCAAGCCAGAAGUUGACUCUUCCAAGGAAUACUUCAACAAGGUUAACAAAUAAAUAGUUCAAGUAAUAUAUUAAUAGAUAGAUUCGUUUUUU